AUGCUGAUGAAUGCUGAUGAGGGGAAUUAUGCUCCGGCAACCACCACAGAGAACAAUACUACCAUUACCACUAAUGCCACUAAUAUUAAUACAACUAAUAAUAAUAAUAACAGUGACGACAUGACUCAUUUGAUAACUCAGCGAAACACUGAUAAAUCACCACUCUGUCCUGGAGCUAUCAUCGAAGAUAGUCACCAAAGUGAAACUAUCCUCCGGCCUGGUUGUAAAAGGAAUUUACCAAUGUGUGAUAGUGAUCCAGAUCAAUGGAAAGAAGAUCCUGUCAUAGUGAAUACCAGCGAAAAUGUUGACAGUGUUGACAUGAAUGACAUGCGAUCAGAUUGUUUGAAUUAUAUGACACAGCGACAAUUCUACGGCGACCAGACACUAACUCAUCACCAAUCUGUUCUACAUCGAAGCUUGGCGGAAUGUUUGAAACGUUUAUGUAAACAAAUGGAAAGAGAUUGUAUGCCGAAUACUUCUAGUGUUAUGCCUUCUCAAGCAUUAGAUUUGAGUAUGUCAUCAACAAUGAAGUCGACGGAAAAUUUUCCUCUGAAUCAGACACUGGAAGCAAGAAGAAUGUCAUUGAAAAACUUGUCAGCAUCACCGUCAUCCUCAAGCACAACAUCGUUGGCUUCGAUUUCUCCGUUAACAUCCACAGGCUCAAAUAAUAUUUCACAAACCUGUGUCAAUAUCAGUGACAGUUUGGGACGAAAUCUACCAUUAUGUCAUCAAUAUGAACAUAUUCGUUCAGAUAAUACUGGAUCUAAUCUACCUUGUAUUACAAGUAAAACUGAUACAUUGCAUAAUUUGCCAUUGGUUAUGUCACAAAUGAAUUCACUUAUACCUCAAAAUGCUAAUAAUAAUAAUAUGUUUACUUGUAAAAAUUCAAAUUCAGCGGCAUUGAAUCAUAUGCAAUCUCAUGACAUUUUAACAAGUUCAACCCUUUUAUCCCCGGUCUGUCUUCCAACCAAUUCAAUUUACCAACCCUGA